AUGAAGCCAACCACGCUUCACCACCUCCUGUCGCGGAGUGUGGAAAGCCUUUCGCGACGGCAGGACGAUCUGGAGGGUUCAGCAGGCUCCGCGCAACAGGAUCAGGGCAUUGGCAUCGUCAGUUUCCUGACUGCGUUUGUCGUUGCGUCGAUCAUUUUCACCGUUCAAAGUGGUUUCUUCCUCCUCCUUCGAAAUAAGCUCGCCCGCAUCUUCAAACCGAAAACCUACCUCGUCCCUGAGCGCGAGCGAACGCCUUCUCCCCCGUCGAGCUUCUUCCCACUGGUGAAAACGCUCUUCUCGUUUCCCGAUCGCAAUGUCAUCCAUAAAUGUGGCCUAGAUGCCUACUUCUUCCUUCGCUACUUGCGCACUCUCCUGGUCAUCUUCAUUCCCAUCGCUUGCGUGGUCAUCCCCGUGCUGAUCCCGCUCAAUUAUGUGGACGGCAGAGGCAAGAAUAUUAACGUUAACGAAAACGAGUCGAAGCAGACUUCGAACGAGACCGUCAUUGGGCUCGAUACGUUGGCUUGGGGCAAUGUCAAGCCCGAGAACUCGAGCCGCUAUGCCGCGCACCUGAUAAUGGCCAUACUGGUUGUCAUCUGGAUCUGCACCGUAUUCUUCUUUGAGCUCAAAGUAUACGUCAAGGUGCGACAGGAUUAUCUGACAAGCGCCGAGCAUCGUCUCCGUGCUUCUGCCACGACGGUCCUCGUGAGCGAGAUACCUGGCAAGUGGCUCACCGAGGAGGCCCUUCGCGGUCUCUUUGAUGUUUUCCCUGGAGGCGUCCGCAACAUCUGGCUCAAUCGCGACCUAUCAGAGCUUCUUGACAAAAUAGCCCUUCGCAACAAGUAUCACUCGACCCUGGAGCAGGCCGAGACCGAUCUGAUCAAAGCAGCCGUAAAGGCUCAACGGAAACAGGAAAAAUCACAGAGCAAGAAGACGGCACACAUGAAUAAGAAGGAGAGAGCCGCCGAUGAUGCCAAAAGGGAUGCCAAAGCCGUUCAGAUGGCGAACAGUGAUGGGGGUAUCAAUGCUGGCGACACGCAUGAGGUCCCUCACAUCGACAUUGAUCCCGCGCAAGACACUCAGCAGGCAGAGCUUGGGCACGACAAGCAGGGGCACAAGGGCUUUAAGAAGCCCCUUCUCGGGGAUCCGCUCGCAAAGGUUGGCCUCGGUAUCAAAGGGGUCGUCAACAAGGCGGAGAAUGGUGUGAAGGGAGCUGGCCAAGAUGUCGGGAACACGCUGGAGACGACCAAUGGGUUUGUUGGUCUCACUGCCACACAGGAGCCCGAUCAGGAUGCGGCGCAUCGGCGGGUUUGUGUGCUCGGCCAGGGCGAGGUUGCGCCUAUGUCUUCCCCAUCGACUGUUAAAACGAACGGACACCACUCGCCGGCCAACUCCGAAAGCUCCCUGAAGCCGAAAACGCAGAAUGUAACCCAGGGGCCAGCUGGAAAUACGGUCCGCCAGCUUGACAACAUUGAGGACCAAUUUGUCCGAGAGGAGACGAAGUUUUGGCAAUUCUGGAAGCCUCCGACCGGCGGGUAUGCAUCACCUGUUCCUCAAGGGCAAGAGGCAGCCGACUACAUGACCAAGGAGGCUGCGGAUAAGAGGACACCUUGGCAGAAGUUCAAAGAGACUGUUCCGUUUCUGAUGUCUCAGGAGCUGGCGCCUGUUGAGUACAAGGAAGCGUACAACCCCGACCAUCAGGAGCAGGACGAGACCGGCGCUGUAUGGGAGAAGUACCUCAAGUCUAAGGAUCGACCAACCCAUCGUCUACCUCUUUUCGGAAACACUGCUCUGUUUGGACUGCCGUUCAUCACAAAGAAAGUGGACACGAUUCAUUACUGCCGACAAGAGCUAGCCCGCCUCAACGUGGAGAUUGACGAGGACCAGAGGCACGUCGAGCGCUACCCUCUGAUGAACUCUGCUUUUAUUCAGUUCGAGCAGCAGGUAGCAGCUCACAUGGCCUGCCAGAGUACGAUGCACCACCUACCGAAGCACAUGUCGCCUCGCAUAGUGGAGAUUUCGCCUCGCGACGUUAUUUGGGAAAACAUGGCCAUGUCAUGGUGGCAGAAGUGGGCUCGUUCCUUUGGCGUCGUCAGUCUCAUUGUUGCCAUGGUCAUUCUUUGGGCCACUCCCGUUGCGUUCACCGCGACCCUUGGCCAGCUGGAUGAGCUCAUUGCGAAGAACGAAUGGCUGUACUGGUUGGACUCCAAUGAUACAGUCAGAACGGUCGCCGAAGCUGUCGCUGGUGUCUUACCCGCUGCGCUGCUCGCGGUCAUGCUCAUCCUCGUGCCGAUCAUCUUUGGUUUCUUUGGGGAGUUUAGGGGUGCCAAGACCGGUGCGCAAAAGGCCGAAUUUGUGCAGAUCUUCUACUUCUUCUUCCUAUUCGUUCAAGUCUUCCUCAUUGUUUCGGUGGCGUCAUUCUUUGCCGCUAGCAUUGACAAGCUGGUCCAGAGCUUCGAAGAGCUGAGCAGUGUUUCGGCUGUGCUUAACUUGCUGGCCAUCAACCUCCCCAAAGCUGCCAACUAUUUCUUCUCUUACAUGAUUCUGCAGGCCCUAUCCACCAGUUCCGGCACAUUGCUGCAAAUUGGCACACUAUUUAUCUGGUUCAUCUUGGCUCGCAUCAUGGACAGCACUGCCCGCGCCAAAUGGCGCAGGAACACGACGCUGAAUUCGGUGAACUGGGGCAAGUUCUUCCCCGUUUAUACCAACUUUGCCUGCAUUGGAAUCAUCUACAGCAUCAUCGCCCCUCUGAUAUCCAUAUUCGCCAUCAUUACUUUCAGUCUGCUCUGGCUUGCCCAGAGAUACAGUAUGCUUUAUGUGACUCGCUUCGAGCACGACACAGGCGGUGUUCUGUACCCCCGCGCGAUCAACCAGACAUUCACCGGUAUCUACUUCAUGGAAGUAUGCGUUGCGGGUCUAUUCUUCAUUGUGGAGGACCCAAAUGGCAAGAAUGUUUGCACGCCGCAUGGUGUCGUCAUGCUAGUCGUGGUGGGCUUCACCGUGCUGUAUCAGAUCCUACUCAAUCGCUCAUUCUCUCCGCUCUUCCGUUAUCUGCCGAUCACGUUUGAGGACGAGGCGGUUCUGCGAGACGAAGCUUUCCAGCGUGCACAGAACAAGCGCCUCGGACUGGAGGAGGAGUACGACGAGGAGAAGGAUGGCGAGGCUCCUGGCAGCCCCAAUGGCGUGCGUACGCCAAGACUGGGUAGUCGGGAGGAAGAGGAGAUUGAAAUGGAGGAGCUUCGUGAGCGAAGGCGCUCGCACGCCGGCGGCAAGGGCAUGCGCAACCCGGUCAAACAUGUUGGCGCCUUUGCAAAGGCGGGCGGCAACCAGUUCCGCAAGGUCACACGCACAGACCAAAGGGCGGUCCAAUAUCGCAAGAAGCAGCAUGCCAAGGACCUCGAAGCGCAGCGUGCGAUCGGAGACGCGCUGUAUGGCGGGAUGAACGACGACAUUGAAGAUCUGACGCCCGACGAGCGAGACCUCCUCGUCCGCCACGCAUUCAAGCACUCUGCCCUGCGCGCUCGUCGUCCUGUAGUGUGGAUCCCACGGGAUGAUCUGGGUAUCAGUGACGACGAGAUUCGUCGGACGCAGGCAUACAGUGAGAACAUCUGGAUCAGCAACGAGGGUACUGCGCUUGACAGUAAGACGCGUGUCGUCUAUGGAAAGAAUCCGCCCGACUUUUCUGAAGUGGAUGUGAUCAAUCUGUAG